AUGGCAGCGGGGUUCCGCCGGCGGCUCGCCUGCCUCACCGCCCCCAGGGCCUCCUCCUAUCUCCGCCGCACGCGCCACAAGAAGCUCUCCUACGCCCGCGCCCGCUCCGCCAGCCUCCCCGGCCGCUUCCACCCGGUCGUCGCCGGCCUCCACGACGCCGCCAACGAGGUGCUCGGGUGGACCGAGGCGCCGGCGCAGGCCGGCACGGAGUGGAUCGGUGACGGUGUGGGACACCUCGGCCGACUCCUGGCGGGGCUCACCGACCUGCUCCACCACCCGCAGGCGCAGGACCCGCUCCGGCACUCGCGUCGGCCGGGCGGCAAGGCGGCCGCGCCGUGGGCGGAGCGGCUGCUGGACGACCUCCUCCUCCUCGCCGACGCGCACGGCUGCUUCCGCGAGGCGCUCCUGUCCCUCAAGCAGCUGCUCGCCGAGGCCCACGCCGCGGUGCGCCGACGCGACGCCGCGCGCCUCGCGGCCGCGCUGCGCGCGCGCCGUCGGUCGGACCGCGACAUCUCCCGCCUCGCCUCCACAUUGCGCGCCCUCUCCCACCGUUCGUGCUCCUCCGCCGCGUCGACGUCCGACUCCGGCGAGGCCGCGCUCGCCGAAGCCGUUGCGGCCGCGACCUGCGCCGCGGCGGCCGCCUCCGCCGCAAUCUUCGCCGGUCUCGCCUCCGCCUCCGCCUCCUCUGCAUCGCGCGCAUUGACCUCCCCGACAUCGGCCUCUUCUCCCGCGAAGGCCGCGCCGGUGUGGUGGGUGUCCGACCUCCUACGCUGGCGGCGGCGCACGGUGUCCGUCGCCGCCUGCGAGUCCUCCGGAUCGCCCCGUGGCACCAAGGAGACACCUUCGGAAGAAUGCUGCGACGAGGAGGAGGACGAGAGGAAGGCGGCCAUGGAACGGCUGCGGGGCCUCGAGGAGUCCGUCGUGGCCGCCGAGGACGGCUGCGAGCAGGUGUACCGCGCGCUCGUGAACGCGCGGGUGUCGCUGCUCAACCUCCUCACGCCCUGCUUUUGA